AUGCUACCAAUCUCAGAAGGCGUGCAUGAGAUGCCUAAAUUCGGCUGCUGCUCCCAGGGAUUCGUCUUUCCACACAGCCGUAUCAAGGACCUGGUAUCCUGGUACGAGUCAAAAGGCAUUGGCUAUGUCGACAUGCUCACGGAGGAUUAUGCGAACCAAAAUGGGGAAUUACGUUGGGCAUUGACACCCAGUGUAUUGCAGCAUGUUGGGAGCAAGAGCUCCAAGACCAAUAGUCCUGUCCCGCAAAAGGGCAUCCGUACUAUCCCGGAGAAGUUGUGGAAUUUUGCAUUUGAGAAAAAUGAUGUCGAUAGUUGCGCCGUGUACUCGGCGUCAAAGCAAGUUUCGGGUUGUGCUUGA